AUGGCUGUAAACCAAAUGCCUUCGGCAGAGGAAGGCCAGCUGUUGUGGCCGGAGGUCGGCUCCAGCGACUUCUUGAAAUUUGAUUUCGGGGGCACAGCCUACGAGUCUGAGCUUCAGAAGAACCAGGCCAGAGCGAAGAACUUGUCUGCCAUUAAGUGCAUGGUCAAGACUCUCGGGCCAAAGGGAAGUUCGGACGAGGCGCUGGGCGUGCGCGUGAUGUGGAUGGAGCACGACUUUGCCUUCUUUGGAGGCUCCCUUGGCUGUGCCGAAGGCGAGAAGCUCACUCGAGGCUUUGAGUAUGCCAAGCAGCACGGGCUGCCUGUUGUAGUGAAGUGCGCCAGCGGUGGCGCGAGAAUGCACGAAGGCACCCUGUCCUUGAUGCAGAUGGCCAAGAUUUCUUGUGCUGUCGCUGCUCUGGGCUCUGCCGGACUGCCUUUCCUGACUUUGCUGGUCGACCCGUGUUACGGCGGCGUCAGCGCGUCCUAUGCGAUGCAGGCUGAUGUUCGGAUUGGUGCAGCCCGGGGUCGCCUAGGCUUUUCCGGCCCACAGGUGAUCCUCAAUACCCAGUUCAGCAUGCAUCAGGAUUCCUACGAUCGCGCGUGCCCGGACGAGUUCCAGAGCAACGAGUUUGGCCUCCACCAUGGCGUCGUCGACGUGGUUGUGCCAGCAGAGGACAUGGAGUCUAUGGCCUGGCAGGUGCUCUCAGUUUUGGCGGCCAAGCCCAUGCGUCCUCCGUCGACUUCUACAAAAAUUACAGAGUUCGCAUCCGGCAACCCGGACUACUUGAAGUCACGUCGCCUGGACCGCUACGACUCCACGGACAUUCUGAAGCAACUCUCCGUUCGCUUCAUCGACCUUGGCGGCGAUGGCAAGGGCCCCCACGGUCUUGACAAGUGUUUGCGUUGUGGCCUUGCGACCCUACAGAGCGGCCGAAGCGUCGUGGUGAUGCGGUGCUGCAAGGGCCACACUCCCGUAGAUCGAGAGAAGCACAAUCACGCGAUGCCCGCACCUGCCGGCUACAGGACGGCCUUGCGAUUCUUCGAUCUGGCAGAGCGCUUCGGUUUGCCCGUGGUCACUUUGGUGGACACCGUGGGGGCUUGGCCCUCCUUUGCCGCGGAGAUGGCGGGGCAGAGUGAGGCCAUCGCGACGAAUCUCACGAAGAUGGGUGGGCUGAAGGUGCCCAUCGUGACCAUCAUCGUCGGUGAGGGCGGCUCUGGUGGCGCUCUGGCCAUCGCCAUGGGCAACAAGAUCGGGAUGCUCUCCAAGGCUUACUACUCCACUAUCACGCCGGAGGGUGCAGCCUCCAUCUUGGGCCGAUAUAAGGAUGAUGACCACAAGAAGGUGCAAUUUCCGGAGGAUUGCAUGGCUUUGGCAUCCAAGCAGAACAUCUACGCACCCCAGUUGAAGGAGCUGGGCGUCAUCGACGAAGUGAUUUGGGAGAAGGAUGGUGAGGACUGCAACGACUUCCCUGCCACCAUGAGCAACAUCAGCACCUUUGUGGAGGCCAGUUUGCAGGAACUUGCAGACAUGGACCAGUCCAAGCUCGUGGAGCAACGCUACCAGAAGUUCCGGAACAUGGGAAAGUUCAAGGAGUACAGCCCCGAGGAGAGGGAGGCACUGACGUCAGCCCCAGCAGAGCACAAGAGCAAGCGGCAGCGCUCUGUUCCAACACCUCCCAAGCUCCUAACCUUCCUCACAGAGCAGACGCUGAAGGGCGACAGCUCCUUCUUCAAGGGCAAAGGUCCUAAAGACUGCCCGCGCAACUGUUACCUCAAGGUGGAGCCAGAGCCUGCGGCGGCGGCGCAAAGGAACGCCAAGCAGAUCCUGGACGAGGAGGGGCCGGAGGCCAUGGCCAAGUGGGUGCGGGCCACCUCGAAGGAGCGCAUCCUCCUCACCGACACGACCCUGCGCGACGCGCACCAGUCGCUGGUCGCGACGCGCAUGCGCACGGCCGACAUGCUCAAGGCCGCUCCCGAGAUGAGCAAGCACCUGCACCAGUACUUCUCCUUGGAGUGCUGGGGCGGUGCCACCUUUGACGUUGCAUAUCGAUUCUUGAACGAGGACGCCUUCCGACGACUCGAGGAGCUGCGCGCCGCCGUCCCCAACAUCUGCACGCAGAUGCUGCUGCGGGGCGCCAACGGAGUCGGCUACAAGUCCUACCCGGACAACGUCGUCGAAGAGUUUGUUCGCCAAGCGGCAACUUCCGGCAUGGACGUGUUCCGGAUCUUCGAUUGCUUUAACGAUGUUGAGCAGAUGAAGGUCUCCAUCAACGCCGUCCGUAAGAUGAACAAGGUGGCAGAGAUUGCAAUGUGUUUCACUGGGGAUUUCCUGAGCCCGGACGAGAAGAUCUACACCCUGGACUACUACAAGGACCUUUGCCAGAGGUGCGUUGAUGCGGGUGCUCACAUGAUCGCGAUCAAGGACAUGGCGGGCUUGCUGCGCCCAGCUCACGCAGCCCCAAUGAUUCAGGUGAUUCGGUCAGUGACGGAUCUCCCCAUCCAUUUCCACACCCACAACACAUCGUCUGCACAGCUUGCCACCUUGCAUGCCAUGGCAGAUGCCGGCUGCGACAUCGUGGACGGCUGCUUCGCAGCCUUCGCAGAUGGCACUUCGCAGCCAUCCCUGAACGCUUUCCUUGCGACCAUGGAGGGAAGGCCACGCGAUCCCAAGAUCAACUACAGGAAGCUCGAAGGCCUGGAUGCCUACUGGUCUUCCGUGCGGGACAUGUAUAGCCCCUUUGAGAGCGGCAUGAAGGCAAUGACCGCUCGUGUUUUUCAGCACCAGGUGCCUGGCGGCCAGUAUUCGAACAUGUAUGCUCAGUGCCACGCACUUGGAGGUGAUAAUUGGGACCAUAUCCUACAGAUGUACGCCGACGUCAACAUGUGGUGCGGCGACAUCGUGAAGGUCACGCCGUCCUCGAAGGCCGUUGGCGACAUCGCCCUCUUCCUGGUGAAGCAGGGCAUUACCCCUAAC